ACCCACCGCCCGCCCCGCCCGCCGCCGCGGCACCGGCACCGGCCCGGGGAGCAGGGGAGGCGGCGGGGGUAGGCAGCUCGGCGCGGGGCAGGCAGACAGAGGAGGGAGCGGAGAAACGGGAGCGGAGCCCGGCCGGCGGCGGCUCCAUGGCGUCCCCGCGGGCGGUGGAGCUGCAGAGCCCGGGCGAGACGGCGACGGCGGCGGCGGCGGGCGGGGCCGGCCCGGCGGGUCCCGGUGCGGGCCCGGGGCUGGCGCUGGCGCUGGGCUGCGCGCUGAGCGGCGCGGCGCUGGUGGUGCUGGCGGGGGCCGUUCCGCGGGCGGCGCGUCCCGACCCGGCGGUGCCGGCGCGGCAGAUGGAGCGGCUGGAGGCGCGGGCAGCCCGGCUCCGCGCCCGCCUCGACCGCUGCACCGUGGCCGGGCUGGCGUUGCUGGCCCUGGGCGGGCUCCUGCUCGCCGCCCUGCUGUUGGCCGCCGCCGCCGCCCGCCGCCGUGCCCGGGCCGCCCGCCGCACCGGCGGUACCUACGGCUCGGUGCGCCUGCGGAUGCGGAGGGUGUCGACCGAGGGGACGCGGGCACUGCUGGAGAGCCAGCUGAGCCCCCCGCCCCAGCCCCCUGAAGAGCCAGGCUCCUAGCCCUGCACUCCCCGGGGACCCUGUGCGGCUGGCAGGAGCGGGGCUCUCCUCACCACACUCUGGUGUCAAUGCUGCCUGGUGAGGCUUCGCCCACACCUGCCCGGCAGCCUUCAGCCACCUUCCUCGCCACCUUUCUGGGAUGGAGGUCCCAUCUGUCAGCACUGGAGUGAUGUGGUUUUGGGAUGCCCCGCUGGACUGCACAGCCUCUGCCUGGGUUGUUCCCCACCACCAGCACCAGGGCAGCGCAGCUGUUCAACACCCCACUUGCCUCCCUGGCACCUUCCCAGAUGGGGUCUUGCCCUCCAGCAUCAUGGCAAUGGAACCUUCGAGACACCCGUGGGAUUUCGGUGCCAUGGCCAGUCGCAGCUUGGGCUGGAUGUGAGGCCGAGCUCCUGCUGCAGCCAGCUUGUUCCCAGCCUGGCGCCAGCUGCUCCUCUUCAGGAUGGAGCUUCUCAUUUUCUGCCGUCAGCGACCUUUCUUAGCAAUAGUUUCUUGUAAAAGUCUGUGAUGUAGACUUGGCGCUUGUACCGCUCUGGGCAGAAGAGGAGACAGCAAGUGUGACCACUGACCAUGCAGCGAGGUCCAGCCCCCAGCCCUCGCACCCCAUCAGCCCCACUCCAGAGAGCAGGACGAAGGCCAGGACACAUGCCCGCACUGUGCCGAGCAUCCCGCUCCCACCAGCAACCCCAGAAUGGCCUCCUCAAAAAUCAUGGUGCUCUGUCCGGAGGAGAAAGGACGAUUCCAAACGCCUUGAAACAAUGUGGUUCUUCUGUUCUGUGUUAGACGGGGAGCUCUGCCCGACGGGCAGCCCACGCACGAGCCUUUGUGCUGAUCGCGAGGGCCAUUGUCUGCGGUGUGAAGGUAAAAUCGCAUCUCGGGAAUUAAACAUGAAGCAUCAUUAAAGCACAAUGUUCUGUGGAAAGAAAAA